GAAUUGAGAUUGGUAGUUGGAGUCGCCGAUUUAAACGCUUGGGCCGGGAAUUGAAAUCCAAAAUCCAGUACGAGCUUGGCCCAUUGAUCGAUCUGUGCACGACGCGAAGCAACCAAGAAAGAGUGAGUAGCCUUGUCCGGCGAAUCCGACCCGUUUAUAUUGGGAAAAUCCAAAUCCACUCAUCUCAAAUCGAAAGUCUUUCUCCAUUGCUGAAUGAAACGUAACUAGUCAUUUCUAAAUCAAAAACUUUGGAGGAAGAGGCGAAAAUGGUGAGAGUGGCGACUUAUUUCGCGAUGUCAUUGGGAGCCUUUGUAUUUUGGCAAUCGAUGGAUAGAGUCCAUGUCUGGAUUGCUCUUCACCAAGAUGAGAAGAAAGAAAGACUUGAAAAGGAGAUGGAGAUCAAGAGGGUCCGGGAGGAGCUAUUGCAGCAAGCUAAAGUGAGGGAUCCUCUUGCAUGAGCUACUUAUUUGAUGAAAUUUCUGUUUCUCUGAAGUGCCUGUAGCUCUUUGAGCUUCUUUUUACAAAUUUUAGCUGAAAAUAACUGAGUCGGCAAAUUAAUUUGCUUAUGUCAGAAACAGUUCUUUUGCUUUUAUUCACUGAUUGGUAAAAAAUAAUUGAUGAUUGUUGUAUGAAAGUUGUUUUGAUGUUUAAGUCAUGAUCAUAAUUAUUGAUGGAGUUACAUACCAAGUAAUAUAAGUAUGCUUAAGGAGAUAUUGUUGUGAAA